GGGACGGGGGCACGGAACUGGUGUAGGGUCGAGGAAUAGUCAGAUGUAAGAGAAGGAUGGAAAUGAAAUAGCGAUUUUUAAAUUGAAGUGCUGAUUUGUCUGUUACAGUAAUAUUUGUAGUGUCAAUACGGAGCGAAUAUUGCAUGAGGACUCGCGGGAGAAGGGCUUUAAUCGUGGUAAGGUAGUGAAUGUAAGGAGAGUUGGGGAGGGCUGUAGCUUCUGGGGCUUUUUGGUGAGGGAAAACAACAUGGCUGCGGUGGAGCUCGAAUGGAUCCCAGAAACGCUGUACAACACCGCUAUCUCGGCUGUGGUGGACAACUACAGCCGGUCAAGAAGGGACAUACGCUCGCUCCCAGAAAAUAUACAGUUCGACGUGUAUUAUAAGCUGUACCAGCAGGGCCGGCUCUGCCAGCUGGGGGGAGAAUUCUGUGAGCUGGAGGUGUUUGCUAAAGUGCUGCGGGCUUCAGACAAAAGACACCUCCUGCACCACUGUUUCCAGGCCCUAAUGGACCAUGGUGUGAAAGUGGCUUCAGUUCUGGCAAACUCCUUCAGCCGCCGCUGCUCCUACAUCGCAGAGUCGGAUGCUCACGUCAAAGAGAAGGCCAUCCAGUUUGGCUUUGUGCUGGGUGGCUUCUUGUCUGAUGCGGGCUGGUAUGGAGAUGCAGAGAAAGUGUUUCUGUCGUGCCUGCAGCUGUGCACGCUCCACAGUGAGGUCCUCCACUGCUACCGGGCUGUGGAAUGCUGCGUCAGGCUGCUUCAUGUCCGUAAUGGCAACUGUAAGUACCACCUGGGGGAGGAGACCUUCAAGCUUGCUCAGUCUUACAUGGACAAACUAGCCAAACAUGGCCACCAGGCCAACAAGGCAGCGCUGUAUGGCGAGCUUUGUGCCUUGCUCUUUGCCAAAAGCCACUAUGAUGAGGCAUACAGGUGGUGUAUCGAAGCUAUGAAGGAAAUUACUCCUGGGCUGCCUGUUAAAGUAGUGGUUGAUGUCCUUCGACAGGCCUCCAAGGCCUGCGUGGUGAAAAGAGAGUUCAGAAAAGCAGAGCAGCUGAUCAAACAUGCAGUGUUUCUAGCAAGAGAACAUUUUGGACACAAGCAUCCCAAGUACUCCGAUACGCUGCUAGAUUACGGAUUUUACUUAUUAAAUGUAGACAACAUAUGCCAAUCAGUUGCUAUUUACCAGACAGCCCUGGAUAUCCGGCAGUCUGUCUUUGGUGGGAAGAACAUCCAUGUUGCCACAGCCCAUGAAGACCUAGCCUACUCCUCAUAUGUGCACCAGUACAGCUCUGGGAAAUUUGACAAUGCUCUAUUCCAUGCAGAACGUGCCAUAGACAUCAUCACUCACAUUCUGCCUGAGGACCAUCUUUUGCUGGCCUCCUCCAAGAGAGUCAAAGCCCUGAUUCUGGAGGAAAUCGCCAUUGACUGCCACAAUAAAGAGACAGAAGAGCGCCUCCUGCAGGAAGCUCACGACCUGCACCUCUCCUCACUGCAGCUGGCCAAGAAGGCCUUCGGCGAGUUCAAUGUACAGACAGCCAAACAUUAUGGCAACCUUGGACGACUCUACCAGUCCAUGAGGAAGUUUAAGGAGGCAGAGGAGAUGCACAUCAAAGCCAUCCAGAUUAAGGAGCAGCUACUUGGUCACGAAGACUAUGAGGUGGCUCUGUCUGUGGGUCACCUGGCCUCCCUCUACAACUAUGACAUGAACCAGUAUGAAGAUGCAGAGAGGCUCUACCUACGCUCUAUCGCCAUUGGUAAGAAACUGUUUGGAGAGGGUUACAGUGGGCUGGAGUAUGACUACCGAGGCCUGAUCAAACUCUACAACUCAGUGGGGAACUAUGAGAAGGUGUUUGAAUACCACAACGUACUGUCCAACUGGAACCGGCUGAGGGACCGGCAGUUUGCAGUGGCAGAUGCCCUGGAGGACGUCAACACUACACCCCAGCAGACCCAGGAGGUGGUACAAGCUUUCCUAUUGGCUCAGAGCCUAGGCCCCACCCGCCCCUGUCUUGGCUGAUUGGAUGACAGAAAAAGUGUGGGGGUUAAAAAAAGACAAAUGGUGGGUUGUAGCCUGGUGUGGACAUGUGAUGAGCCCCAAAUGUGAUGCUUCAGUUGCACACCAAUGUUUAGUAACACAGUAAAUUCAAGCAUCACCGACAGCUUGGUUGACUUUGUAGUCAGUCCUGCUGCCGGUACACACACAGACAUACACACAUUUUCAUGGAAUUAAAAAAAAAAAAAUAGAGAAGAGAAAACACUGUUAUCAGACCUCAUUGACACUCUCACCACCAAGAUGCAGCUGCUGCAUUUCUCUAACAGAAAGAGGACACUGAGGGGGGGGACUGGG